GUCCUCCCUCUCUGUCUUCUCACUCUUCCUUUUCUCUCACAUUCUCUCUGAUUGCACUCCGGGAUAAACCGUAAAACCGACUAAAAAAAGGAAAACAAAGGUGGGGAAAAGGAGGAAAUAAGUGAAAGAAAAAAAAAUUAAAAGCGAAACCAUUUCUUCAAGUUCCCAAAAGGAACGAAGGGGCAAAGAAGAAGAAGAAAAAAGAGCCCUUUUUCCCCAAUAUCUUCUUCACUCGGUGUUCGGCUGAGGGCUUGAAGCUUUUUAAUUGUCCUUUGCUCUUAUGCAAAGUGCGUCCCUGUAGAAGUAAAAUCUGGGGGGAGGAGGAGAAGAAACAACCCCAAUUCAAGAGAAAAGGGGCUUCGGGCUGCUGGGAGCUGUUGCUGCUUUUGCUUGCUGAAUGGUAGGUUAUUUCAGGAAAUUUAGCAAGGAGAUGAACAAAGAGAAGCCUCCUGAGCCGCUCGAUUUCUUCAUUUGGACUGUCGAGGAUGUUGGUUUGUGGCUGGAAGAGAUAAAUCUGGGUAGCUACCGUCAGAUUUUCAAAGAAAAUGGUGUCAAUGGAGAGUAUCUAGAAGGCAUGUCCAUGUUCACAACAGAACAGAUACUAAGGUUUAUAAGGCGGUGCCACAUGAAAUGGGGUGACUUCAUAACGCUGUGUAAGGAGCUCAGAAGAAUAAAAGUGGCCUGCCUCAAAGGAGAGCAGAAAGUCCGGCGGCCAUGGUGGGUUCCAUCCUGCCUUUCAGUAGUGCUUGUGAACGUAGCAAAGCGGAACAGACAAUCACGGGUUGUUUCCUUGAAGCUGGAACCAUGAAUGAUGAUGGAUGGCAAGCAAGCAGGAAUCCAUAAAAUGGGAUUCAUGAUGUAUGUAUUUUGUAGUAGUUUCUUCUUAAGUCGUCUUUUGGUUUUUUCUCCCUUUUAGGCGGUAGAAGGAAGUAGAGAACUCUCCCAAAACUUUUGGCUCUGGUAUUUGGCAAGAUGUUUGCUGAAAGUUCUUCCAUGGAGAACUUUUGUUUACUUAUAUAUGUACACAAAUACAACCACCCCUUGUCUCUCUUGUUCUGUUGUUCUUGUUGUAAUUUGCUCUUUUGGCUUUUUGAUAUGUAGUUGUAUCUUAAUAUACAUAAAUUUUUAUGUAUUGUUUUUGUUUAAGCAAAAUAUACAGUGUACUUGUAAUCUUUCAGUGGCAUCUGU